AUCUGUGCAGAACAUUACCAAAUACCAACCAAAAUUGUGACAACUGGCAACGCGGUACUACCAUAAUUAUGAAUUAAUUAAAAUAUUGAAUUGGAUUAUAUUAGUUAUUAGAAUCAAAAUAAGAACCUGCAUAAGGAACUCCUCAUGGGCUCUUUACUGUCUUACUAAUAACGCUUUAAACUCUUAACAUAAAACCAUAUUUGAUGCUGUACGUUAAAAAUAAAUAGAACUCAAAGACCUUAUUCAUAAUAAGGCAUAGAAUGAAUUGCGACAGUAUCUGAACCUCAAUAAUUAAUUUGUGUGUAAUCUUGGCUGUAUAAGAAUAACAUGUUGAACAAAUAUAUAAAACGUUGUAGUAAAUCCACAUUUCACAUAAUUUUCUCUAGAAAUAAAAGUUCCCUAGGAUUGUGGGAUAAUAAUAUAUCAUCUGAAAUAAAAUUACAAAUCGAAAAGCACUGGUCUCAAGAUGUCCUGAAAACCGAAAGUAAUAACAGCAGUGACAGCUUUUAUAUACUUCCCAUGUUUCCUUAUCCAUCAGGAAAUUUACACAUGGGUCAUGUGAGAGUAUAUUCUAUAUCUGAUACUAUUGCUAGGUUUUAUAAACUAAAUGGAAAAAAUGUUAUUCAUCCAAUGGGAUGGGAUGCUUUUGGAUUACCUGCUGAAAAUGCUGCUAUUGAACAUAAUAUUCAACCCCAUAUUUGGACAAAGACAAAUAUAGAUUCUAUGAAAAAGCAACUAAUAGAACUUGGGUUUAACUUUGAUUGGAACCGAGAGUUAUCAACAUGUGACCCUAACUACUAUAAGUGGACUCAGUACAUAUUUUUAAAAUUGUUUGAAAAAGGAUUAGUAUACCAAAGUAAGGCAAAUGUCAAUUGGGAUCCAAUUGAUAAGACAGUAUUAGCUGAUGAACAAGUUGAUGAAAAUGGAUGUUCAUGGAGAUCAGGUGCAAAAGUUGAGAAAAAAAUUCUCACUCAGUGGUUUAUUAAAACCACUAAGUUUGCUAAGGAUCUAUAUGAUGGUCUUGAUAGUAACCUUUUAGAGAAUUGGAGAGAUAUAAUAAAUUUACAAAAGCAUUGGAUUGGUGAAUGUAAUGGUAUAGUGAUAACCUUACAAUUUAAAAUAAAAGAUGUGAAUAGACCAAUAGGGGUCUGGUCACAAGAUCCCUACAAAUUUCUCCAUGCAGAAUAUUUAACAAUAAGUAAUGAUAAUGUUUUUAUAAAGGAAUUAACACCUGAUGAAAAAAACAACUUAUUAUGUUACAAUCCAAUUACCGGAUGUGAGAUCAAAGUUUAUGUUACUGACAAUGUGAACUAUCCAGAAGGAAGAGAUACAUACUUAGUGUGUCCAACCCUUGACACUGAGGAUAAAAAAAUAUCAGAAUCUUUGAAAAUUCCCCUUGAGAAAACUUAUUGUACUAUAGACUAUGAAUUAGAGAACAAAAAGGUUAUUAAUAUUGCUAAAACUAAAAGUUGUGGUGGCUACUUUGUGAGUUCAAAAUUAAAGGACUGGUUGAUAUCUAGACAAAGGUAUUGGGGGACACCAAUACCAAUAAUUAAUUGUGGAAAAUGUGGAAAUGUUCCUGUACCAUAUACUGACCUACCUGUGGAAUUGCCACAUGAACCUUUGAAAGGAAAUUGUUUUUCCAAAAUGGAGAGCUGGAAAAGUUGUAAAUGCCCAAAAUGUAAAGGUGAUGCUACUCGAGAAACAGAUACUAUGGACACAUUUGUGGAUUCCUCAUGGUAUUAUUAUAGAUUUUUAGACAAUUCAAAUGCAAAGUUACCAUUCAGUCCAGACAAAUUAGAAGGCAAAACCCCUGUACAUUGUUACAUUGGUGGAAAGGAACAUGCUGUUUUACAUUUAUAUUAUGCUAGAUUUAUGAGUUACUUUUUACAUUCACUUGGAUGGACCCCAACUAAUGAACCAUUUAAAAAACUUUUAGUUCAAGGAAUGGUAAUGGGACAGUCAUAUAAAAUUAAGUCAUCGGGUAAAUACAUAUCACCAGAAAAAGUAGAAAAAAUAGGCAAAAAAUAUGUAGAGAAGAAGACAGGAGAAGCUGUCUCUGUACAAUGGGAAAAAAUGAGUAAAUCUAAGUAUAAUGGGGUAAAUCCCUUAACACUGUUAUCAACAUAUGGCUGUGAUACUACUAGACUACUUAUACUAGCAGAUGUACCACCUGCUACAACUAGACGUUGGUCAGAUGCAACAUUACCAGGUGUUUUAAAUUGGCAGCAUAGACUGUGGAUAACAAUGAGAGAGUUUUUAAGUCAUAGAAAUAAUAUAAACAUGGACAAUAAUACUUCAUCAACUGAGACUUUUGAUGAAUAUGAGAAAAAAAUUAGUAAUGCCAGAAACUAUUUUACUGCAACAUCAACUUACCACUUUAAGUAUACACAAAAAUUAAGUGUCGGAAUAUCUCAGUUACAGAGUUUAACUAAUGUUUUAAGGAAUAAUGUGCCAGGUGAUGUAAUUGCAAAAAGCAAGGAGUUUGAGUUGGCAUUAGCAUCACUCAUCAUAAUGCUAUCCCCAGUUACACCUCACUUUUGCUCAGAACUCUGGGCAGGUUUUAAAAGUGCUCCAAACAGAGUUUUAGAAAACACAAAAUUAAUUAUGUGGGAUAGAGAUGUUUUAUCUCAGAGGUGGCCAGUUGUGGAUAAUGAUUUUGAAUUAUCAUUCCAAUGUAGAGUGGAUGGAGCUCCACUUUGUGACCUCAAAAUAGUGGCUUCCGAACUACCCAAUUUAACUGAAGAAAAAGCACUUGACAUGGUACUUAAGGAUCAGGGUGUUCUGAAAAGAACCAAUAGGGGUAUUCAACGAUUGCAUUAUGAGUUAUAUCCUGACUGUCGUGCAAUAUUAAAUAUUUUUACCAACCAAAAUGUACAGAAACCAAAGUGUGACAUAAAAAUUACUAAUUGAAUGUAAAGAUGUAAUGAUUGUAAAAUACGUGUUAAUUUUGUUCCCAUAUAACUAGCUGUGCGGACGAACCCGUGAGCAAAAGCAAGUAUUUAUUAUAGGUUUUCGCGUGAAAGAGUAAGCUUCGGGUGACAAGGUUCGGCGAAUAACCCGGUUUCAAGUCGCGAUGUUUUUCUACUCUUUUAAAAUUUCUUAUACUGCAUUUGAAUGUUAUAAAAAUUAAAAACUAAAAUUAAGUAAAAGUUAAAUAAAAAAAAUAAUAAUGAUCACUGCACAUUUUUGUGUUGUUUACUGGUCAGGCACAUUAGCUCGAAUACGCAGAUACAAGUGUCUGCACACAAGGAUGACUGCUAAUAGUAAUAGUUUUCAUACAUGAGCGCAUAUUCGUACUAGUUUGUACGCAUGACGCAAGUGAGUUCCGGUUAACUGGUACGGGAUUAUAUACAUAUUUUAAGCGUCCUUAUUACAUGUGAUAUGUAAUUCAAUAAAAUUUAUAUAAUGUUAAA